AUGGACAGCGAUACCAACAUGGGCGAGGUCCCUGCAUCCCGUCUGCUGGAUCCCCAAAUUUUUGAGCACCUCAAGAACAAGAUCGACGAGGAUCAGCAGGUUCGUGACCAGAUGAGCCAGACCGUCCAGAAGCUCGACAGGACCAUCUCCUACGUCCAGGGUCUGCUGUCCCGCAUUCACGCAACCCCGCGUGAGCAGUACGGCCCCCUGCUGUCAGACGUGCAGGCGGGAAUCCAGAAGGAGAUCGAGGUCAUUGGGGAACUCCAGGAAAUCGCGUCCAAGCACCCUUACUACAAGUACAACCAGAAGUGGAAUCGUCAAGUCCAGAAUGCCAUCGCCACCGUUCUCCUUUGCGGCUGGCUGGGUGGCUUCACUUCCGACGGCAAGCCUGGCCCCGUUGCCCGUCUUCUAUCACUCGAGGAGGUCGGCGAGAUCUUCAAGGGCACGUAA